GAUUUUCUUUCGAGUGUGUUGUUUCGUUUCGCAGAGUCUCGAGUGCAAGUGCAGAGCCAUUUUCCAUACAUAAUUUAAUAACAAAUCUUUGCAGUGUACAUUGCGUGACUCGUGGUGCAACAAAGAGCGAGAGAGAUUGGUGAAAACGAUUCGACAUUGAUUGAAAAUCAACUUGGCAAAAUGAUGAAAUCGCCCAUUUGUUGGCUGCUUUUGCUGUGCGUGGCCCACUGUGCGUUGGCGCAGUAUCAGGACUACACCACGCCAGUGCCCAUCCUCAAGCAGAUCGACAAACACAACGAUGAUGGCUCCUACACUUAUGGCUACGAGGCAGCCGACAAGAGCUUCAAGAUCGAGACCAAGUACGCCAACGGAGAGGUCUACGGCAAGUACGGCUAUGUGGACGAUCAGGGCAAGGUGCGGGAGAUCGAGUACGGGGCAAGCAAGCGCGGCUUCGAGCCCGCUGGCAGCCACAUCAAUGUGCCACCGCCGACGCUGAGCAACAGCAAUCCCUACCCGCUGGGACCCAACGAGAUCGAUGAUGGGCAGUACAGGGAGGAUCCGGCCGUGUAUUACAAGGACCAGAAGUACAAUCGUCCAGCCAUUGCGCCCAGCAAGUUCUCGCUGGGUGACUUUGGGCGGGGUCAGCAGCAGCAGCAGCAGCCGACGUAUGCCCCAGCGCCGCAGCCUGCACCUCAGCGACCGUACUACAAUCCCACGCCGCAGUACUACAAUCCGCCCGCACCGCAGCCGCGCUACUACCAGCCCCCGGCGCCAGCCCAGAACUACUAUGCCCCGCAGCAGCAGCAGCCACAGCAGCCGCAGCAGUUCCAUCCAGCGCUGCGUAAUCUGAACCUAAACACGGGAUCCUACAGCAUCGACUACACGGGCAGGAAGUAGGCGGGUCAGCGGGGGAGCAGGACAGCAUCAGAGAGAUAGCGACUGAAGUGUCCGAGGACAAUGUCAACUUCACUACUGCCAAAAAAAUCAGUCACUCCCGCACAUCGGUUACACCCACUAAAAUAUACCAACUAAAUGUAUGUUC